AUGUCUACUGCAAUCGAGACCGUUACCACAACAUCGAACCCACCAAAACCUAAAGAUGGCACCGUGCGCUUAGACCAAGACGCUGUACCCUACCGUGGCCCUCGCUUGCCUGCCGUACCCGAUGACCUUGUCGUCCCCGGCAUUUUCGAAAUUGAAUGCGACGAGCGUCUCUGGGUCCCCCAAGCUCCAGGUGUUUGGUUCCGGCCUCUUCUCUUUUCCGUAUCCGGAGGCUAUUUCGUCAACAUUCUUCGCGUGCGACGAUCUGGCAUCCUAUCUCGCCACCGACAUGCUGGCUGUGUGCAUGCAACCGUCCUAAAGGGCCGUUGGCAUUACCUAGAGCACCCUUGGUGGGCCACCGAGGGUGGUUAUGCAUACGAGCCUCCUGGCGACAUUCAUACCCUGGAAGUUCCUGAAGAUGUCAAAGAGAUGGUUACUUUGUUUCAUGUCACGGGGGCGUAUAUUUACGUUGACCCUGAUGGCAACCCCGUUGGCGUCGAGGAUGUGUUCAGUAAGUCGGCUAAGGCGCGGGAGCACUAUGAGGCUGUGGGACUUGGGGCUAGCUUCGCAGAUCAGUUUGUGAGGUAG